AUGAGGAGAGGGGGAGGUAGUGACAAAAGGUUCUUGAGAAGAACGUUUAAUCGCUUGUAUUAUUACAAAAAGAAUGAGAAGAUGGAAGAGGUAGGUGCUAGUAGUAGCAGAAAGAUGAACAGCACCACUGGUGGUGUUAACAGUAACAACAGCAACAUGAAUAUGAACGUCAACGUUAAUAGUAACAUUAAUAGUAAUAUUAAAAACAACAAUAAGACUAAGAGUAACAACAAUGGUAGCUUCAAUAGUAGUGUCAAUAGUAGUAUCAACAGUAGUGUCAAUCGUAAUAGUAACAACAAAGGCGAAAGAAAGGGUAACCCGCGUGGAAGCUACAACAGCGAAAAGGAAGGAGAUGAAUUACAGGUAUAUGAAAUGGGGGUUGGAGAAAGAAAAUAUGAUCAUGACGAUGAUGCAGUUUACUUGGAAGAGCUGUAUGACGAAAAAGAGGAUAAAUAUGAAGAAGAAAAAGAAGAAGGACAAGAGGAAGAAGCACAAGAAGAAGAUGAACAAGAAAUAGAUGAACAGGAAGAAGAAGAACAACUACAAGAAGAAGAAGUAAUAGAAAAAGAUCUAGAACUAGAACUAGAAGAACUAGACGAAUUAGACGAAGUAGAAAAAGAAAAAAGAAAAAAAAAAAGAAGUAAUAAAACACUUAAAGGAAUAAAAAUAAAGGAAAAGAAAAACAUUUAUAUAGAUGAAAGAGAAACAGGAAUGAAGAAUGGGGAAGAUAGUAAUGAAAAAGGACAAGAUAAAAAUAAUAUUAUAUGUCCUUUAUGUGUAGAAGUGUUAGAUGAAACAGACAGAAAUUUUUAUCCAUGUGAUUGUGGUUAUCAAAUAUGUUUAUGGUGUUUAUAUUAUAUAAGAGAUCAUAUGAGUAAUAAAUGUCCAGCAUGUAGAAGAAGUUAUAAUGAAAAGAAAUUUAUAUAUAAUAGAGAAACACAUGAAAAGUUGAUUAAAAAACAGAAAAAUCAGCAUAAAAAUAAAAAUGAAAAUAAUAAUAGUAGUACUAUAUUGUGUAAAUAUGAUUUAUAUAAAAACUCGAACAUAUAUAAUAUUCAUGAGUAUGACAAUCUGUUAGAGAUAAUUAAAGGAAUUAGAGUUGUACAGAGAAAUUUAGUAUUUGUUAUAGGUAUUACUACUGCAUAUGCAAAAAAGAACAUUUUAAAAAAAAAUGAAUAUUUUGGUAAAUAUGGUCAGAUAUUAAACAUCAUAAUUAACAAGUCACAGGCAUAUAAUCCACACUAUAAUGGUCCAUCCUUUAGUGCAUACAUAACAUAUAGUAAUGAAAAAGAAGCUAUUAAUGCUAUUUACUUUAUUGAUGGUAUGAUAUUAGAUGGAAAAGUUUUAAAAGCUUCUUUUGGUACUACGAAAUAUUGUUCAUCCUUUUUAAAAAGUUCAUCAUGUGGUAAUGAAGAUUGCUUUUAUCUACAUGAGCUAGGAAAUGUUAUUGAUAGUUUUUCUAAAGAUGAUAUACAUGGUCCCAAACAUAUAUAUCAUGAUCUGUUAUAUUUUUAUUUUAAAAAAUUGCCCGAUAAAAAAAAUGAUACUACUGGUGAUACAACUGCUAGUAGUGCACUGUUGAAGGGAAUCAAAAAGUUAGAGGAAGAACCAAGCCUUACCACUUCAUUAGCUGCCACAGCAGCCGCUUCUUCGUCUGUAGCUCCGAUAGCAGUAGCUUCUACAUCCGGAGAUGUUAUAACUGUAGGUGGAUGCAUGGGAACCACCAACUCGAGUGUUUUCCAGACGGAGUAUUCGAAGAAUGACAAUAAGGAAAUUAAAAAAAAAAUCGAAGGAAGGAAUGAAGAGAUGGAAAGUAUUCAUAUAUUUACGUCAAGCAACACAGAGUAUAAAAUUUACAAUGAAUGGAAAUCCCAAAGUGCAGAGUUAGCAAAAGGGAUGACUGGAAAGAGCACCGAGUUAACGAAAGAGGGUGUUAGCAAAAGUGUUGAGGAUAUAAGAAAGGACUCAAAGAUGAAAAAUGUAAAAGAUACAAAGGAAAAGAAUGUUGAAGAAAAAAAAAAAUGGAAUUCGGAGGAAAAGUUUUCCACUACUGCUGCAGCUUCUUCCUCAACUACGGGUGCUUAUAAUAAGGAGAAGAAUUACUUAAGCUCCUUGCAGAAUAUUCCCUACAAUAAGGACAGUACUACUACUCCUGAUGCCUGUAAUAAUAAUAAUUCCAGUACGUUUAACAUCAAAAACGAAGAACUUUUAAACAGAAACAACAGUGAUGAGGCGGAUGCAUAUUACCUGGACGAAAUUUCGGAUAAUUAUCCUCUUAUAACGGAUGUGCGGUAUGAUAAGGAAAAAAAGAAAAAAAUGAAAAAGAAAAUGGAAAAAAAAAAAGCUAACGAGAAGAAGAAAAAUAUUGAAAAGGAAAAACUUAAUGAAAGGGAAAAACCUAAAUCGGAGGAGAUCAUUAACCGGAAUGAAAAGAAUGAUCAGCAACAAAAACAAAUAAUGGAGGGUGAAAAGGAUGCAAAGAAGCAAAAAAAAAAAAAUCAAAAUAGUGCCAUUACUAUAGAUGGUAGUUUAACUACUGCUUCCACAACUACUAAUAAUAAUAAUAAGGGAGAAAUCGAAAAAAAAUUAGCGAACAGUGGAAAGGAUAAGGUAAAAGGAAUUGAAAAUGAGGAAGAGAAAAAGAAAACAUCAAAAAUGGCCCUCAGGUUAGGUAACUUUUUCAAUGAUUUAUUUGAUAAAAGCAAAAAAGGAUUAACAGUAACAGAACUGGGGAAAAGUACUGGUACCCACACAGUUUUAGAUGAAAAGAGAAAUAAUGGACAAGACGUAAAAAAUGGUAGUAAUGUUAUUCCCAAACAAUUUUAUGAAGAAAGUUCUAAAAAUGAGAAGAAAAAAGAAGAAGGAAUUUUAAGAGAUGAUCUGACGAAUUGUAAAAAGAGUCGAGACCAUGAAGAUGAUGAAAAGAAGGAAAUUAAAGGAAAGGAAGAGAAACACGCAAAUGGUAAAGUAACAGAUAGUAAAGCAGCAAAUGAAAAAAUGGCGUAUGCUAAAAUCGUUGAAGAGGAAGAGGAAAAAAUAAAAAUAAAUAAAGUUAGCAAAAAAAAAGAGACAGAAAAAAUAGCAAGAGCAGAGGAAAAAGGAGGGAGUGAAGGUGUAAAGAAAAAGAUGGGGAAACAGAAAGGAGGUGAGGUGCACCCAGAGGAUAUAGGUGAUGAGGAUAACGACGAUGAUGAUUAUGAUGACGAUUAUGAUGACGAUUAUGAUGACGAUUAUGACGACGAUGAUGACGACGAUGAUGACGACGAUGAUGACGAUGUUGACUAUGAUGAGGAGGAUGAGGAGGAUGACUAUGAUGAGGAUGACCAUGACAAAGAAGAUAUAAAUUUGGGUAAAGAUAGGGGUGAUGUACAGUUGAAAAAGGAAAGGAACAACUUAAAAAAGUAUACAGAAGAACAAAUGAUACAUGUGGUUGAAAUCUUGAAAAUAAAAAAUUGCAAUGCAAGUAUGACAGUUUGGGAGGCAAUACAGGAAUACUGUAGCAAACUGAGUGAUAAGGAAAAAAAAGGGGAUAUAAAUAAUGACGCAUUUCACGAUAUUGUGAUUUCGUAUAUGAAAGAAAAUAAGCAUCCAGACAGUGAAAAGAAGAAGAACAAGAAAAAUAGCAGCAGCAUGAAUAGCAGCUUCAACAACAACAACACCAGCAACAGCACCAAAAGUAAAACAAAACAAAGGGAUAGCUAUAAUAACCCUAAAAAUAGGGACGUGCACGAAAAAAAGAAGAAAGCGGUAAAGGAUGUAGUGAACGAAGACCAGCACGCUGUAGAUAAGGAAAACUCAAAGGGAGUGAUCUUGGAUGCAGUUAAAGAAGUAUUACAUAGUAAGGGAAAGAAAAAGAAGAAGAAUUCUUUAAGUAAAAAAAGUAAAUUCUGUAGAAAAGUUGAGGAUGACGUUAUGAGCAUAAUAAAAGAGAUGAUGAUGCAUCGAGUGGAAUUGAAAAGUAAGAAAAAUGUAAAUGAUAAGAAAAAAAGGGAGUCGGAUGAAAGAGAAGGAACAGGCGAAAGCGAUGAAAACUCGGAAAAAUGUGCGUUAUUCGACGACCUUAACAUUUUCAUCAGGAAUUUAUGCAUUGCUAAGAGCAAAGCGAUUCAAAAUAACUUGAAGGACAACGAUACAGUGUACUUAAUAGAAGAUAACAAGGUUGACAAUAAAAAAAAAGAUAGUAAUAGUAAUAGUAAUAGUAAUAGUAGUAGUAAUAAUAAUAAUAAUAGUAAUAACAAUAGUAAUAACAAUAGUAAUAACAAUAGUAAUAACAAUAGUAAUAACAAUAGUAAUAACAAUAAUAAUAAUAGUAAUAACAGUAGUAAUAACAGUAGUAAUAAUAAUAAUAAUAGUAAUAACAGUAGUAAUAAUAAUAAUAGUAAUAACAGUAGUAAUAACAAUAGUAAUGACAGUAGUAAUAAUAGUAGUAAUAGUAAUAAUGACUAUCUGUUAUAUGCCAAGGAUGAUCGUUUUUUUUUAAAGGCUUAUAAAGGAAUAAUGGAAUAUACACUAGAAAAAAAUACAAAUUUAAAAUAUAAAAAGAAUCUUAACGAAAAUAACACAUUUGAUAUUUAUAAAAAAUUAAUUUUAUUAAAAAAUUCAGACCUACACAAUGCCAAUGAUAUCCUUUUUGACAAAAUAUUUAAUGAACAAAUAAACUUUGUUCAACAGUUAUGUAAAUCCGAUUUUCACCUGAACAGGUCAGAAAAUUUAUUAUCAAGUCAGAAAAAAGGAGAUACCAAUAUUUUUCAAAAUAAUAUCAAUAAUGCUGAUAAAAAAAUCUCAAAAAAAAUACAACUAACUAAUUUCCCAAAAUUGUGGGUUAAUUUUAAUAGAUCCUUUCAUACGAAAGAGGUAAAUGAAAAAGUCAAUCUAAGUGCUUAG